UGCGUCACCGAACUGCGACAGAUACGUCAUCACGUCGCGACGCAUGUUCUGUUUAGUAAACAAUCAAACGCUGUCGGCGCAAAGUGAAGACAAAUUAUGGAUAACCUGGUGAAGGUUCAUGGUGGCGGUGGCUAUGACUCUGACUUCAGUGACGAUGACACGGGAGAAUCCUCAAACCGUGGCCUUAAAAGGAAGAGUGAAGCGGACAUUUUGCAGAAGCCGUUCCAGAAAGGUAGUCGCCAACAAGUGGCUCACCGGAGUUUCCACUCUAAUGAGCUGGACAGAGAGGAGGCAAUCAACAGAAGAGCCCACUUGAUAUCGAUGAAUGCUUUCGAGCGACAUAAGAAAUUUGUCGGCGACUACAUCCUUUAUUAUGGCGGACAUAUGGCUAACCUCAAACGCUCUACAGCCAAUGACAAAACAGACCAUGACGUGCUGCGCGAGAAUCACCGCUUCCUGUGGAGAGACGAGGACGAGGAAGACAUGACAUGGGAAAAAGAACUUGCAAAGAAAUAUUAUGACAAGCUGUUUAAAGAGUACUGCAUAGCUGAUCUCAGCCGCUACAAAGAAAACAAGUUUGGAUUUCGCUGGCGGGUAGAGAAUGAAGUCGUUUCUGGCAAAGGUCAAUUCCAAUGUGGGAGCAAACGCUGUGAAAAGCAGGAAGGCCUCAGAAGCUGGGAGGUGAAUUUUGCCUAUGUGGAGCACAGCGAGAAAAGGAAUGCACUGGUCAAGCUAAGACUCUGUCCCGAGUGCUCUUUCAAACUCAACUACCAUCACAAGAGAAAAGAGGUGACAGCAAAGAAGAAAAAUAAGAGGCUAUCAGAGGAGAACCGGGAUUCACCAGAAAAAAAGAGAAAGAGGAAGGACAAAGGAAGGAAGAAGAAGAGAUCAUCUUCACAUACAAAGAAGAACAAACGGAAAGAAAAGAGAGAAUACUCCACGUCGAGCAGCUCGGAGAACUCAGACAAAGACUCCGAAGAUGAGGAUCAAUCCGAUGACCAAUCAGAAACGUCCCACUGGCGAGGUCCCGCCCCUGCCGUUGAGGAAAAGUCAAGGGAGGAGGAGUUUGAUGAAUACUUUGAAGACAUGUUUCUCUGACUCCACCAGCUCCAUUGACAUCCCUACUGUGACUGCAUUUACAUUUGCUCGCUGCUCCGCUUUGUCAUGUGUGCCAGCCGCUGUAUUUGUCAGUUUCAGGACUGCUACAAAAAUAAAAACAACGUUUAUUGUACGACUACUAUUACUGUCUGUG